AUGGGAAACAGGUCAAUUAUCUCCUGGUGCAUCAGGUAUUGGAAUCGGAAGCUUGGUCAUCAUCUUCUUGUCCUACAUGAUCCACUUGAAGAUGAUGAAUUCUUCUUUGAACUUCCAUUUGAAAAACGGCGCCUCAUAUCCUCAUCCUCAGUCCAAUUUUUCAGACAUGGAAGUGAGCAAUGUCCAGGAAAACUUUGGGAUGGGCAGGAAGUAGCAGUAAAGCGCCUAUAUGAACGUAACUACCGAAGGGUAAAGCAGUUCAUGAAUGAGGUAGAUAUCCUAACCAGUUUGCAACACAAAAACCUUGUGUCUCUGUAUGGUUGCACUUCUCGCCACAGCCGUGAGCUUCUACUUGUCUAUGAGUACAUCUCUAAUGGCACUGUUGCCAAUCAUAUCCACGGCCAGAGAGCAAACUCUUCUACUACAUUGCCUUGGCAAAUCCGAAUGGGCAUAGCCAUAGAGACAGCUACUGCAUUGGCUUACCUCCACGCUUCUGACAUUGUCUACCGUGAUGUGAAAACAAACAACAUCCUUUUCGACAAGAAUUUUGAGGUUAAAGUUACACAUUUUGGGCUUUCAAGGCUACUCCCCAAUGAUGUCUCUUAUUUCUCAAGAGCUCCUCAAGGGACUCCAGGUUAUGUGGACCCCAAGUACCGUUGGUGCUACCAGCUCACAGAGAAGAGUGAUGUCUAUAGCUUCGGGGUUGUUUUGAUCGAGCUUGUAUCAUCCAAGCCAGCUGUGGACCUAAGCAGAGAAAGGGACGAGAUUAAUUUGGCUGACUUCGCUAUUAACAAGAUUCAGAAAUGCAAUUUUGGACAAGGAAAUGACGCCUCCAAUGGAGGACGUGAUCUUCUCUUAGUCACUUGUGCUGGUGGCAUGGAGGUCGGCGCUUGUGUUCUGGCUCUGGGGGAUGAGGUUUUCGAGGAACUGAAGGCGAUUGGAUGCAAUGAGAAUGCUGCGUACAAAUUUGUUAAUGCGGAUGAGAGUGAAAGUGUCCUUGCUCCAUCUUCCCCAAAUUAUGACAAUUCCCAGCUACCAAAGAAUAUGCAGUUGACCAUUCUCCAGUUUCUGUGA